AUGUCCGCGGACGCCUUUUCCGCCGCACCAUUCGGCUCCCCCUACCACUCUUCCGCCUCUGUCAUCGCAACCUUCCCCGCGAGCUCCCCCGCGUCCCCGUUCCCCGCGCCGUCGUGCGCGAGCUCGUGCUUCUUCCCCGCGGCAGGGGCUCCGCCUGCACCCCCGCCAACCCUUCCGCUUGCGCCAACGUUGCCCCCGCCGCUUCCGCUUCCGCCGCCGCGGCAGGUGGACUGCCGGCGCAUGAACCCGCCCCUGGGGCGGCUGAUUUCGCGCCUGUGCGGGUUCCAGUCGGGGAUUAUGCAGCGCCGCCAGCACGUGUUCGUGAUGCACCACGGGGAGCGCGCGGACGCCGCCGACCCCCUUUGGGCGCGCAGAGAGGGCGCGGAACGCGCGUGGGACCCGCCCCUGUCGGAAUGGGGGAAAUAUCAGGCCUAUGAGGUGGGCAUGAGGCUGAGGCAGGAGGGGUGGGGAGUCACGCGCAUAGUGUGCGCGCCGUACCUGCGCUGUGUGGAAACCGCCCUCGAGCUGCUGCUCGCACUCACUGACGCACAACCCCUUCCUCCUCCCUCCUCCUCUGCUCCCACCGCUGCUGCCUCUGCUACUGAUUCUGAUGCGGGUGCUGGUGGUGGUAGCAUUGGCGGCAGCUUUGGCGCCGGCAGCAGCAGCAGAAUCAGCAGCAUGGUUCCAGGGGGCAGUAGUUUUGAGACGUCUCAAAACGCCGGCAGCAGCAGAAUUAGCAGCAUGCAAUCCUCCCUCACGCCUCAGCCGAGCCUAGCCCUUCCUCCGGACCGCAAGCGCAAGUUCGGCAUGUGGGACGGGGCAUGGCAGGGCGCGGGGGGCGUGGGGGGGGGGGAGGUGCGCGUGGCAGUGCACUACGGGCUGCACGAGGUGGUGAGGCAGGCGGAUGGGGGGGCGGGGAGUAGUGCAGCAGCAGCACCAGCACCAGCAGCAGUGGCAGCAGCGGCAGCUGCAGUGGAGCUGUUUGUACAGUCUGGGGAGAUGGGGGGGGUAGGGAUGGGCGGUGGGCAAAUGAGAACAUCACCCGGACAGGGACAAGAAAGGGGUGAGAGGCAGUUUCAAGGACAGGAACAGGGGCUGGGGCAGGGGCAUGGGCAGGGGCAGAAUGAGGGAUUCUGUACUGUAGCUGGCAACACUGGCAGCAGUGCUGCCGCCUCGCUGGCACCUCGUGACUGGCUGGAAGGCAUGUUCCCGCCAGGCUCUGUGGACAGGAUUCUGCCAGUUGUCGCUCGGUCGGCGACUGCUGCUGCUGACGUGGCACUGCCAGGCUGGCCUGAGGACGUCGAGGAGGCAGCGUUGCGGCUGCUGCGGUCGAUUGACCACGUGGCAGAGCAGGUGGGCAUUGGAAGGGGAGCUGGUGGGCAUGGAAUCAGGUGGGCAUUGGAAGGGGAGCUGGCGGUCAUGGAAUCAGGUGGGCAUUGGAAGGGGAGCUGGUGGGCAUGGAAUCAGGUGGGCAUUGGAAGGGGAGCUGGUGGGCAUGGAAUCAGGUGGGCAUUGGAAGGGGAGCUGGUGGGCAUGGAAUCAGGUGGGCAUUGGAAGGGGAGCUGGUGGGCAUGGAAUCAGGUGGGCAUUGGAAGGGGAGCUGGUGGGCAUGGAAUCAGGUGGGCAUUGGAAGGGGAGCUGGUGGGCAUGGAAUCAGGUGGGCAUUGGAAGGGGAGCUGGUGGGCAUGGAAUCAGGUGGGCAUUGGAAGGGGAGCUGGUGGGCAUGGAAUCAGGUGGGCAUUGGAAGGGGAGCUGGUGGGCAUGGAAUCAGGUGGGCAUUGGAAGGGGAGCUGGUGGGCAUGGAAUCAGGUGGGCAUUGGAAGGGGAGCUGGUGGGCAUGGAAUCAGGUGGGCAUUGGAAGGGGAGCUGGUGGGCAUGGAAUCAGGUGGGCAUUGGAAGGGGAGCUGGUGGGCAUGGAAUCAGGUGGGCAUUGGAAGGGGAGCUGGUGGGCAUGGAAUCAGGUGGGCAUUGGAAGGGGAGCUGGUGGGCAUGGAAUCAGGUGGGCAUUGGAAGGGGAGCUGGUGGGCAUGGAAUCAGGUGGGCAUCGGAAGGGGAGCUGGUGGGCAUGGAAUCAGGUGGGCAUCGGAAGGGGAGCUGGUGGGCAUGGAAUCAGGUGGGCAUUGGAAGGGGAGCUGGCGGGCAUGGAAUCAGGUGGGCAUUGGAAGGGGAGCUGGUGGGCAUGGAAUCAGGUGGGCAGAAAAGGGGAUGGGAAAAAGGGAUGUGCAGGGAGGUUUGACGGGGGGUGUGGCUGCUGCGGUCAAUUGA